UUUCAUGUGUCUACUGUACAACUGCAUGCACAUAUGUAAUGACCAAAGAACAGACUCAUAUAAAACCUCUUUCCACAGGAAAACAUGAGACCUCCAGACUUCCUGAUAUAGCCAAAUUUGCUAUGUUCAACACAAAACGAGGUAGUACAUAAUUAGACACACACUUCUCUUCCCCUUUUCCUUCAAGGAGUGUAGAAAGCUUUGAGCACAUUCCUUCACAACAUGAAAGAAACACCAUAUUUAUAUGAACAUGUAAAAAUAAACACUGAAUGAGCACUUGCUAAGAAUGUUUAUUUCAAUACUAAAUGCAUAAGAAAAGCAUGCAUAAGAUGGAUACAUCUAAAUUCCUGAAUGUUUCUCUUAUGGAAAGAGACUUCAAGGACAACCAAAAUCAGACUGGAAACAUGUUCCUAGAAAUGCAAAAUGGUACAGACUGUGUCACAGCUGAGAAGUCACUCUCUUUGGCUUUGCUGUUUUCAUAUUCGAUAAUUUUUGUGAUAGGACUGGUUACCAAUGUUAUGGCUUUGUAUGUUUUUCUGUCUACUCCCUGCAAGAAGAACUCUAUCCAGAUUUAUUUACUGAAUGUUGCCAUUGCAGACCUCCUCCUGAUUUUCUGCCUGCCCUUCCGAAUACUCUAUCACGUUAAGCAAAACACAUGGUUAUUAGGGCUGACUUUCUGCAGGAUUGUAGGAAACCUAUUUUAUAUGAACAUGUACAUCAGCAUAGUACUACUGGGGUUGAUUAGCUUGGACCGGUACAUAAAAAUUAAUAGAUCUGUGCAGCACAUUAAAGUUGUAACAACAAAGCAAAGCAUAUAUAUUUGCUGUACACUAUGGACACUGGCAAUUAUGGGAUUUAUAGUGAUGGUUGUUCAGUCUGCCUGGAAAGAAGAAAAAAAUCCUACCAAGUGCUUUAAUUACAGAGGAAAACAAAAUGCAAAAAUGGAAGCAGGCUUGAAUUAUAUUCUUGUCAUAAUAUUUUGGAUUGUCUUCUUUCUAUUGAUUCUAUCUUACAUUAAAAUUGCAACCCAUCUUCUCAAAAUGUCCAAGAAGAGAAAAAGGUUCCCUGGGACUGGAAAGUAUAUUGUCAUUGCAAGGAACUCUUUUAUAGUACUUAUCAUUUUCACAUUAUGUUUUGUACCUUACCAUCUAUUCCGAUUUAUUUACAUCACUUCACAACUACAAGAUACCUCCUGCUACUGGAAGCAAAUCAUCCACAAAUGCAAUGAAGUUAUGCUACUCUUUUCAGCCUUCAACAGCUGUUUAGACCCAGUUAUGUAUUUCUUAAUGUCCAGGAGCAUCCGUAAAACUGUACUACGAAUGAUUUGCAAACGACUUAGUAUGGAGUCUAACAUCAGUGACAGUACCUCAGAAAUGAAACAAAGAUAUUCUUCUCGUGAUCAUCUGGAAAGCCCAAAUCAUCACUCCAGAAUAUAUUUUAUUAAGAAUGUGAAAUAAUGAAUUAAUAGUACAAUGUCAUAAAUGUCCACUCUGAUGUAAAUUCCAUUAGGUUCAAUGGGUCUUACACCCAGAUAUGUAGGUAUAGGUUUGUAUGUCUUAUGAAGACCAAGAGGAGUCUGCUUCAGACAGUCUUAACUCUACUAUUGCAUUCAUUUAAUGUAUUUGGAAGAUCUUUUGAAAUGGGAAUUGUAACCAUGUACAGUAAAUAAAUAACAAUAGUAUCUAGCUAUGUGGCAUGUAUGUAAUUACGUUUACUUGCAAUUGUUCUCAGUAAAACUUGUGUGUAACAGAACUUUAUAGUAGGCAUUUAUAUUAAAAGUUAAAUGAGAUAAUGCAUUUUGAACUAUUUUAUUUCUAUUCUAUACAUUGGCAAAACAGCUAUAUUAAAUAAUAGCUAUACAAAGCACAAAUUUAAUAUAUUCAACUCCUUAAAAUUAUUGCCUUGGCUAUGGUAACACAUGCCUCUGAAACAUCCCAUUUAUAUUACUUUAAUGUACUUUGUAUAGGAUUGUUUUUAGAAAUGGUUUGCCUCGGUGAGUUCAAAAUUCUGCAGCUAGAGUGAUGAUAAGAGCUGGUUAUAAGGAACAUAUAAAUCUCUUGUUGAAAAAACUUCACUGGCUGCUGGUUAAUUUCUGGGCAUAAUUCAAACUACUUGCUAUCAGCUAGGCUUGGGUUCAGCCUAUUUGAAAUACUGCAUCUCAGUGUAUGAAGUUUCCUGAAUUUUAAGAUCCUUGGGAAAUGAUAAAAACCGUUUAUAUUUAAACAGGAACUUAAUAAUAUUGCACUUUUAUUCUUAUUAUGUUUUAAUUUCUUCCAACUAUGAUUUUAUUAUUCUAUUUCAAAAUGGUUUUAUAUUGUUUUAAGUUAGCGGUGCUUUAAUAAGAAAGUUUAACUAAUUGCUAGGUGUUUAGUUGUAAUGAUUUUUAAAAUGUAUGUUGCUAAUUAUCUUGGGCUCCAUGUAUGACUAUAAGUAGAAUACAAAUUACGCAAACAAGAAGCUAUCACAGUUGAAAGUAGAGCACUGAUAAAACAACCAAUUUGUAAAAAAUCUAGAAAAAGCUUAUUGAAUUUGAGAAAAAUGUGGAUUACUGAAGAAACUUUUUAUUUAUAAAAUGGAAACUCAUGCUUCGCUUGUUUUGUAAAGGGAAGUUUAAAAAUUCAGGAGCAUGGGGUGAACACUUCCAGAAAGGACAGCUCUCCAAAAAGAGGGGUGACUUACAGAAGAUGACAUGACCACUUUAGCAUAGACACAAUUGUUUGUAUUAAGAUGUACAAUACAAACAAUUUAAUGUCUUUUUUGAACUUCUUGAAAGAAUGAAUGGCGAGAAAGAGAAGCCUGCCAGUAGGAGGUAAGACCCCCAAAAGCAACAUGACUUACUCUAAGUAAAUAUGCUUGUGACUGUACUGCUCAUGUAUUAAAGGAGCUUGCUGUAUAAGAUCCAGCUCUCCACCAUUCCGGUCUCUUGAGGUGGAGCAAACCAGUGGUAACCUAACCAUUUUAAUACGGGUUUAACUGUAGUCUCUCUGCAAGUCUUGCGAAGCUUUUACAGUAAGCCCCUAUUCAAAAUGAGCUCAUACCUCCUAGACUUUAAAAAAAAAUUCUCCCUUCAAUUUUUUUUAGUGCUGUGGGCACAAAAAUGGCACUGGGGCUGCACUUUGCCUAUCCAAGUUUAGAUAUUACCUUGAAUAUGUUUAUAUAUUACAUUUCCUUAUCAUUUGAGUUUUAUGUUUCAAAAGUGUAGGUUUGCUAACUUAUAAUUUUAUUUUCCUCAACUAUAAUUCUGGUAAGAGAAUUAGUAGAAUGUGGCACAUAAAUUCUUUAAAUAAAUAUAUAAGCUAUAUAAUGGAGUAGCAUACAGAAUUCCCUACUGUUGGUGUUACAACUCCCAGGGCUGAAAGAACAUCUCUCUUUCUCUCUCCUACACACAUACACAGAUUCAUCUCCUUUUCAUCAAAUUUCAAUCAAUGUUGCCUCUCAAGGGAUUUCUAUUCAAUUUCCCCUCUUCUUUAAUACUUAACUUUACAUUUAGUCUGAGAUGUCCUUAACACAACUAAACAUAAAUUGCAGCACAGUGACUCCUAUCAAUUGUUAGGAAUUGUGGGAGUUAAAGUCCAAAACACCUGGAGGGCCAAAGUUUGGCCAUGUCUGACUGUUCUGCCCCCAUGCUAUCUUAACUACUUGGAAGGUGAACUGGCUGUGCAGGAAACAGAUUGGAGACUAUAUAGUUGAAUCAAACAAGAAUUUAUCAAACUAAAAAUUGAUAUGGAAUAUGUGCAAUUGACAAAUGGAGUAGCUCUGGAUUAUGAUUUUGGACUGCGUGGUUUUAAAAUGUUGUUAUUAAGAUGUUUUGAUUCAAUUAUUUUAAUGUAACUGUUUAUUUUUAAUUGAUUGAUUGUUUUACAUGGCAUUAAAUUGUUGCUUAUCUGUAAGGCCGCUAUGAGUCCCAUUCGGGGUGAGGAGGAUGGGAUACAAAUUUGGUAAAUAAAUAAAUUUAUUAACUGACAAGAAUUUUAGACUUUCUCUCCUCCUGAAUCUCACUACAUAGUCUUAAUGAGGAGAGAUAAAACUUUUGAGAGACAGACAAAGUUCUGGCCAAACUAAGGCUUUUGAAUCUUUAUUUCUUCUUGUUGUCUCUUGCUUGUAUGGUGUUCAACUGUCUCUAAGAUGGUAUCAGUAUUUAACUCUGACUUGAAUACAGCUCCAACUGGACUUGAAUACAGCUCCGACUGGAUGAGCUAUUUGUAGACCUUCCAGCCUUCAUCUCUCUUCAUCUUCCAGUCAUGAAAAGGCGGAGUCUUCCAAGAACCAGAAGUGCCUUGCCCGAGUCUCCACCCCUGAGUGGAUUCUUAAAAGGCAGGAUGACAGAGUCUUCAAAUGCAAAGAGGAUGUUUAAACUGACCCCCCAGAAACUGUACAUAAAGUAUUAAUCCCUCUAACUAAAAAGGGCUUAACUAGGGGUAAACAGUGUGGGUCUUCAUGGGGCACAAGCAAAAAUCUGUAAAUUCCACACAACCUAAUUCCAAUAGCUGAAAAGCUUACUGUUAAUGUUUACUAAAAGGUGGAAUAAAUUACUAGAGUACA